AUGUCCACCUUCGACAACAUCUAUACUGCCGUCGCUGAGGCUUCCUCCGGCUUUGCUAAGCCUCAGGGUCUCAUCUACGGUUAUGGUACCGCUGGUUUCCGUCUCAAGGCCAACCUCCUCGCCUCAGUUGUUUUCCGCGUUGGACUGCUCGCUGCUGUCCGCUCCAAGAAGCUGAAUGGCCAGACAAUCGGUGUGAUGAUCACUGCUUCUCACAACCCCGAGGAGGACAAUGGUGUCAAGCUCGUUGAUCCCCAGGGCGAGAUGUUGGAGGGAAGCUGGGAAGCAUAUGCUACUCUCCUCGCCAAUGCCCAAACCGACACUGAGCUUGUCGAAGCCUUGAAGAAGGUUGUUGCGACCACCAAGACCGACAUGGGCAUCAAGGCCAACGUGAUCUUUGCCAAGGACACUCGAUCCUCUGGUCCCAGUCUCGUUGCCGCACUCCAGGCUGGUCUUACCGCCAUGAGCUCUGAGUAUAAGGACUAUGAGAUCUUGACCACUCCUCAGCUUCACUACCUUGUCCGCUGCAUCAACACCGCUGGUACUCCGGCUGAAUACGGUGCUCCUACCGAGCUGGGUUACUACGAGAAGUUGGGUAAGGCCUUCAGGACCCUGAUGGACGGAAAGACCCGUCCUAGCGCCGUGUUUGUGGAUUGCGCGAACGGUGUCGGUGCACCGAAGUUGAGAAACUUGAGAAGGAUUGUCGGCGAGGACAUCUUGGACGUACGAAUCAUCAACGACGACAUCGAAACCCCAUCAAAGCUCAACUCCCAGUGCGGUGCCGACUUUGUCAAGACCAACCAGAAGCUGCCCCCCGGUUCUCACAUCGCCCCUCAGGACCGCUGUGCCUCCCUCGAUGGUGACGCCGACCGAGUUGUCUACUACUACCUUGACCAAGACUCCACCUUUCACCUCCUCGACGGUGACAAGAUCGCUUCACUCGCCGCCAUGUUCAUCCAGGAUCUCGUCAAGUCCGCAGGUCUGGAAGAGGAGAUCAAGGUCGGUGUUGUGCAGACCGCUUAUGCGAAUGGUGCAUCUACGGUUUACUUGCAAAAGGUUCUCGGUGUCCCUGUGACCUGCACACCUACUGGUGUCAAGCACCUCCACCACGCUGCCCAGCGCUACGAUGUCGGUGUCUACUUUGAGGCAAACGGACAUGGCACCGUCCUUUUCUCCCCCACUUCUCUCAGCAUCAUCGAGGCUGCUAAACCUCAGAGUCCUGCUCAGCACACAGCGUUGCAGAGCUUGCGCGCGUUGUCCGAUUUGAUCAACCAGACUGUCGGUGAUGCUCUUUCCGAUCUCCUCAUGGUCGAGGCGAUCCUCGCGCACAAGGGCUGGGGACCCAAGGAAUGGGAUGGUGCUUACACCGACCUCCCAAACCGACUCGUCCGUGUUGUUGUCAAGGAUAGACAUGCCUUCACCACCACCGACGCUGAGCGAAGACUCGUCUCUCCCGCCGGCAUCCAAGAUCGUGUCGAUGCCCUUGUCGCCAAGUACAAGGGUGGUCGUGCCUUUGUCCGUGCCUCUGGAACGGAGGAUGCGGUCCGUGUGUAUGCUGAGGCUGGAACCAGGAGUGAGGCGGAUGAGCUUGCGUGCAAGGUUGCUGGGCUGUUGAGUGACUACUAA